UUGAACUUUAUGUGUUGUGUUGUGUAUAGGUGCAAGAGCUUUAUGAGCAUUCUGCAGAAUAUGAAGGGAAGCAUGAACCAAAAAAGCUAGAGGAGCUAGGGAAUGUAUUCUUGCUCAUCAAUCUCUUGGCUUAUGCAAUUGCAUGAUCUAUGUGUGGAAUUGAGAUGAUAGCUUUGGAAGUCACAUAUCGUUUCAACGAUUUUGCAUCCCCUGUACUGAGUGGUCCAGAUGAACGAACCAUACCUGGAAAUACCAUGGCUGUUCAAGCUGACAUGCCAUUUAACGGACUAACAAGUUUUAGAGGUGCUUUCCUCUCAAAGUUUAAGUGUUCACAAAUGCCGCAUCCCGUCUUGGACCAAAUUACUCUUGUAGACACAAAGGAUGCAAAGGAGCUAUGACUUCACUGGUGUCAUCUCAUGGUUUGCAUCUAAAUGUGAUAUGAUUCUCCUUCAUUUGGUAACACA